GAGGCUCUCUCGGCUUGUCUCGCGCUGACGGCUUCGGCCAAUCGGGCUCUCCGCAGUCUCGAGGGGCGCUUGGCUGGAGAGGUGGCGCGGCGCUGUCCUCGGAUAAACAUCUACCGUGAAGAAGAAAGAACAUCAGGUGCUUAGGUUAAGUUUAAACCUAUAGUGGCUGCUUGGAAAAUGAAUAUGCAGACUCCAGAUUGGUGGCUUCUAUGUUUUUCAUACAAGGGCAGCAUACUAACAGAGAGAAGGAACUGUGCUGACCAGUGACUGAAAGCUGCACGCAUUGGAACAGAUUUACAGAAGACAAGGGAUUUCUAAGAGUCAGAAAGUCAAGACACAAUUGUGCUAAGUCUUUUCUCCACCACACUUGAGAGGAGGAGGCAUCCUUUAUUAAAUGGAAGAUAAAGGCUACUUCAACUAAAGUGUUUUGAACCUGAGAAAAGAGCUGUCUUCAGCACCUUACCAUGAGUCUGCUUUUUGUUGCUUAGACAAGCUGGGAGUUUCUAUCCCUUGGUUUCAGAGAUUGAGCUCUGGUCAUCAGGUUCAGCAGCAAACAUUUUUAUCCAGAACCAUCUCACCAGCCCUUAAUUAUUCUGUUAUAAAGAAAACCAUUUGAGGAUUUCAGUGAGCCUAAGUGCUUUCAUUAUUGCUACUGGUUUGGGAAAAUACUGAUUUAACUACAGAUGUCUACUAUAAAUUGAGAUUGUGAAACUCAGUCAGAUACCACUUCAUUAAUAAUCAUUCAUAGCUAACCAAUAUAGAAUAUUUUCACUCCUGGAAAUGACUGAAGCUGUCAGCAAAAAUGUUACUGCGAGCCUAAUAAAUGAAGUUCCUGCAUUUUCUGGAACAAUACAUUCCAUAUUGGAAGAAGAGAUUUUUAUACAUUAAAAAAAAUGCCUUUGUUUAGUAAAUCACACAAAAAUCCAGCAGAAAUUGUCAAAAUUCUGAAAGACAACCUGGCCAUUUUGGAAAAGCAAGACAAAAAGACAGACAAGGCUUCAGAAGAAGUGUCAAAAUCUCUGCAAGCAAUGAAGGAAAUUCUGUGUGGAACAAACGACAAGGAGCCUCCCACAGAAGCAGUGGCUCAGCUGGCCCAGGAGCUCUACAGCAGCGGGUUGCUGGUGACACUCAUAGCCGACCUGCAGCUCAUAGACUUUGAGGGAAAAAAAGAUGUGACCCAGAUAUUCAACAACAUUCUGAGAAGACAGAUUGGGACACGGUGUCCUACUGUGGAGUACAUCAGUUCUCAUCCUCACAUCCUGUUUAUGCUUCUCAAAGGCUAUGAAGCCCCACAGAUUGCCUUACGCUGUGGGAUUAUGCUAAGAGAAUGUAUUCGACAUGAGCCACUUGCCAAAAUCAUCCUCUUUUCUAAUCAGUUCAGAGAUUUCUUCAAGUAUGUGGAGCUGUCCACAUUUGAUAUCGCUUCAGAUGCCUUCGCUACUUUUAAGGAUUUGUUAACCAGACAUAAAGUGUUGGUAGCAGACUUCUUAGAACAAAAUUACGACACUAUUUUUGAAGACUAUGAGAAACUGCUGCAAUCUGAGAACUACGUGACAAAGAGACAAUCUUUAAAGUUGCUAGGUGAGCUGAUCCUGGACCGCCACAAUUUCACCAUUAUGACCAAGUACAUCAGCAAGCCAGAGAACCUGAAACUGAUGAUGAACCUGCUUCGAGACAAAAGUCCCAACAUCCAGUUCGAAGCCUUCCAUGUCUUUAAGGUGUUUGUGGCCAGCCCUCACAAAACGCAGCCUAUCGUGGAGAUUCUGUUAAAAAAUCAGCCCAAACUCAUUGAGUUUCUGAGCAGCUUCCAGAAAGAAAGGACAGAUGACGAGCAGUUCGCUGACGAGAAGAACUACCUGAUUAAACAGAUUCGAGACCUGAAGAAAGCAGCCCCAUGAAGAUGGUCCUGCCCUGAUAGCCGUUUGUCUCCCUUGCCCAGUGUGGACAGUGUUGUUUCAAAGUCUCUGUUCUUGGGAAGGCUUGGAGGUCCCGUCUUUCUCAAUUGAUUGUUCAAGGUAGAUGAAAUAUAACCAUUUGAGUGGAAAAAAAUCAACCAAAUAAUAUAUUCAUUUUAAUCAAGUCUGUGAUUGCUUAUGGAAUCAACCAUUAAACAUUGAUCAAAAGCAGUGUAAAUCCAGAGCUGGACCCUGGGUCACCCAGGACAUCAAGUCAAGGAACACAAGUGUCUCUUGAACAGUCAGUGGGAGGGGACCCAUCAGUUUUUGUUCAUUUAGACAGGCUUUUUCAGACACUGAAGAGACGGGAGACAGGACUGCAUUGUCUGCUCAGUGUGCACUUUCCUCCCUGCUGCCUCUUAGUUAGUAAGUGGUUUCUGACGUAUAUAAGUGGAGCAGGUGCCCAGCUCCCAGCUCCCAGCUCAGUUUCCUCCUCAUUGUAUCCCAAAUCUGACCCCUGGCCCAUGUCCAUUCCAACUUUUGAGGCUACUCUGGGAACAGCUGAAGGCCAAGUGAGAUCAAUAGAGGUUACAGGGACAGAGAACACCCGUGUGUGGGCUGUGACUCUCAGAGGAGAACUGCAGACCAUUACAGGUGGCUGUAAUGACCACUGCUCUGUUGACACCUCGGGAAGGUCAAUGAGGUGAGGGUACUUCACUAGUAGCUGUUGGUAUGGAAACAAUGCUCAUGGUGACUGUUUUGAGAGGUGAGAUCACAGUAGGUACAAUCCAUGAGGCUAGGGGUCAUGAUAUACUUCAUCAGUAGAGGGGAAAGUGAGUCAUGCAUAAAAAAUGUCUCAGAUGACCAAAGGUUCUCUCUUGUCCAGUUUGUUCUGUAAUAACCUGUUAUUCUGUAGCCGUCUAUCAGUGUCUUCAGUGAGAAGCUAGAAAGUCUAAAAUUGUUGGUUCCAAGUACUCUCUUUCAUACUAGAAUAACUAAGGUGUUCAUUUGUGUCCCCUUAACAGGGACAGAAAGAAAAAGAAUUUUUUUUAAAGGCCAUGGUUUGUUUUCAGACCUCAGACAUCUAAAAUGGAAUUUUAAAGAGACAUUUCCCAGGCACUAAAGCUACAAUGGCUUGUCAGCUCUUCAUGCCCUGGAUUCUCAUGGCACUUGACUGCUGUCUUCCUUGCCUUGGGCACAUAUGUCUCCAUCCAGAGACAGGAAGGGAAGUGUGUUCUCCAGGAUAAAUGCCUUUAGUGGGUUUCCCACCCAGUGAAGUCACUGGCAGGGCACCUUGCUUCUUGGCUGGGGUUCAAGUGUUUUGCUCCCAUGCACCCCACCAGUGUCCUGAAUUCUUCAGUCAUAGAAGUCAGAUUAUUUUUAUAAUAUUCUCUGAUAGUAUAGAGCCCCUUAGAGUUUGACCUUUCUAGAUUUGCUUAUUUGAUUAAAAGAGAUUAAAAAAAAACUUUUAAUGUGUUUCCAUAGCAUCAUGGGACACAGGCAAGGCCAUGUUUAAUUUUAUUUCAGUUAAAAACACUUACUUUCUCUGGGUUUGAAUUGGCUCUUUCCCAGCAUCCUUUUAUCCUGACUGUGUACCUGCUGAACAGAGAGCUAUAGCUGAGUCUGAGAUGCAGUAAAUGAGGUAGCUGGCGUGUUGCUGUGAGUUUAUAAGUUAUUCACAUCGAAGGGGACACAUGGAGCUCACCAUCACAGUGUGUUUACAUAGAAAUCACUGUAAGUACUGUGAGACUUGAAUGUGGAAAAGGUCAUAUUUAAUAAGAAGCACAGUUUAAAGACCAAAUAAAAAGUACCACAUA